UACUGAGUGAGCUGUGAUUGGUCACAGCUUGUCACAUGGUACAAGGCUGUUAUUUCACACGUAGUAAGCAAUGAUGUCACAAGUGACAUCUUGCUUACUACUUUGCAUGUGAUCACUGAUUGACCAAUCAGUGAUCACAUGAUCGGGGCCUCAUACAGAGGUCCCGUCCGACGAUCGGGGAGCGCGCACAAGCAGGGUGCGGGGAGGCCGUUUAUAAACGGCCACCCGACCCUGCAGUGCCACCCUCCGGCCGUUUAUAUACAACGGCCGGUCGGGAAGUGGUUA